CACCGGGCGCAUGCUCCACCCCUCCACAGUCAGACUCUGGCUCUGUUUGGGGUGGACGUCAGUGAGACCACGAUCUGAGUUUCUGACGCUCCGAAGAAGAGGAGCCAGAGGAGGAAGGAGAAGGUUGGAGCGAGGAGGCACGGGUUCUGGUGACCUGGAGAAGCUGCUGAUCUGCAUCUUCGAUGGUUCGGGUCCAAAGAGGAUCAGAAUGAAGAUGAUACGAAGCUGGAUGAUUCUGCUGAGACUCUGCUGCUCAGGUGUUUUUGCAGCGUCUGAAUUGGCCUUCCUGAUGGAGCCUGAUGACAUCAUAGCAGUUAGGGACCGCCCCCUCAUGUUGAACUGCCAGGUUGAAGGGGAAGGUCCCAUCACCAUCACCUGGAGACGUAACGGUGUUCCUGUAGCGGUGGGCGUCAGGACGGCCGUGCUCGCCAACGGCACACUGCUCAUCAGAAACUUUUCCAAACGGCGUGAGAGCAACGAGACGGAUGCCGGCGAGUACGAGUGUGCCGCUCAGAACCGCUAUGGCAUGCUGAUCAGUCGCAAGGCGCGCGUGCAGCUGGCCUCCCUGCCCAGGUUCCUGUCUCACCCACAGUCCUUGAUGGUGGAUGAAGGGGGUGUGGCCAGACUUAGCUGCCAGGUCAGAGGGGUUCCAGAGGCUAACAUCACCUGGCAGAGAGACCAACAGACCCUGAGCACAGACGACCCUCGGUACACCUUGCUGCCCAACGGCGUGCUGCAGAUCACUGGCGUUCAGCGUUCGGACAGCGGCUUCUUCCGCUGUGUUGCCUCUAAUAUCGCCAACGUACGCUUCAGCCACGAAGCCCAGCUGUCCGUCACUGCUGCAGGAUCCAGAAUCUACAAGGAGCCCGUCAUCCUGUCCGGACCUCAGAACCUCACCAUCAACAUCCACCAGACCGCCAUCCUGGAGUGCAUUGCUACAGGAAACCCCCGCCCCAUCGUGUCCUGGAGCCGCCUCGAUGGUCGGUCCAUCGGGGUGGAAGGAGUCCAGGUUCUGGGAACUGGAAACCUGAUGAUCUCUGAUGCCACCUUACAGCAUUCUGGAGUCUACGUCUGUUCAGCCAACCGACCCGGCAGCAGGUCCAGAAGAACUGCACAAGGACGGCUUGUGGUCCAAGCUCCUCCAGAGUUUGUUCAGUGGCCUCAGUCUGUCUCCAGACCAACAGGGGGCAGCGCGGUCUUCAGCUGCACAGCCACCGGCGUUCCUGAGCCGCAUCUCAUCUGGCUGAAGAACGGCAAACUGCUCAUUCCUGGUGGAAACGUCAAGCUCACCAACGGGAACACGACCCUCGCCAUCACUCGCAUAACCCCUGAAGACGAGGCCAUUUACCAAUGUAUCGCUGAGAACACUGCCGGUACCAACCAGGCCAGUGCCCGUCUGGCCAUCAGCCAGGGCCCAGAACUGUCUGCACCCCCCACGGGCCUUCAGGCCACACCCCUGAGCUCCAGCAGCCUCCAGCUGAGCUGGGACCAGCCAGAGGAACGGGUCAGCCAGCAGAUCAUUGGAUACGUCCUGCACAUCCGACGACUGGGAGGACCCCUGCCCCACCCCACUUCCAAAGAUCACUACCUCAGACUCGCCGUCCCUGACCGCCGUCAGGCCACGCCGCUGAAACUAACCUACCUCAAAACCAAAGGCUCCUCAGAGGCCAGCUUCCACUUCUGA